UCUUCUUCUUCUUCUUCUUCUUUCUGUUUGUAAAUCUUCAAUUUUUGUUUUUGCUUUUUCAUUAAACACAGAUAUACCAACACGUACACGUUCAUACUCAAGAAGAUAAACCAUGGAAGCUAUUGAUGACCUUGCCAAUGAUAAUAUUGCCCGUUCUUUGGCCUAUACAGCUCUAGAGUGUCGCCAGCAGCACUGUUUCGCCAACCUGCUCCCAAUAGCCACCAAGCUACUUCGCCAGCGUAUCCAGUAUCUCCACCCAACUAACACCAAUGACCUCAAGUCCUGGAGCACGGCCGUUCAGUGGCAAGAAGACUCGUGUCCAGAGAUUAUCGAGACAAUGUGGGAUGGCACAGGCGGCCAGUCAGACAACGACUAUCAGGAUGCUCUCUUCCAGAACCCAGUAUACUACAAACGUCUCGAUCCUGAAACCAUGCAUGCGAUGGUAGAGUUCUUGUCGCGCGGAACAAAGCAUUAUGUAGUCGUAUUGGCCCUUGAAGACGGAAAUGAGGAUACGUCGGAGCUUAAAUAUCACAAUACCAAGGAGUUUUCGGAUGAAGAAUGGAAGGAGGUUGUCUUGACCUGGUCAGAGACUGCAGAGGAAGCAGAACGGAUAUUUUUGAUGAUGGUAACUCAAAAGCGCACCAAGAUGACUGCAACCCCAGAGAGUGUGACUAGCACCCGAGAAGCACCCGAAGAUUAUUGGGGCGAUUGGUCCUCUGAAGAAAACGAGCCAAGUGAUACCAAAAACACAAAAAAGAAGGUCGACUCUGAAUGCAAUUCAGAUUCUGACGAUGACUCUGAAGACGAGUUCUUCACCAGGUGGAGCAAGAACCCAGGAACAUUGACUCCAGGAAUCGAUGAAGGCAAGAAUCUUAAGGAACCUGGUCUUGGUCUCGGUGGGCAGACCUCUGAGCAAGAAAAGCAAGAAAUGGAGGAGGAGUACGAUCAAUCAUACAACCCGCUUUUUACUGUCCCCAGCAUGCCCAAUCUGAUGGAUGCCCACACCAACGCUCUAGCUGAACUUACCCAUAUUCUCCAGACCUCGCUCCCAUCUGACCAGAGUGGAACCACCCGGCGCAAUGUUCUUCAACCACUCACCCAAAUAAACCCUUUGCCAAAAGUAGUGAGUCGUACACAAGCCUUAUAUAACCGCAACCAACAACAACAAGAUGCAUGGGGACAGACUGGUGUUCCGGGUGCUUACCCAGAAACUCCUAGUUCUGGUGCAGUAGAAACUACACGCGAAGAAGGACAGUCGACAGCUAGUGCAUUGGAUUCUACAAAACAAGAAGCUGGUAGAGGGCUUUUGAUGAAGAGCUUAAGAGCAUUAGUUGGAGCUGCUCAACUGUUAGGCUAUAGUGGGACUGAUAUCUUGAGUAUGGUAAAAGAUAUUGUGGAUGGAAAGUAAUGUAAUGUAAUGUAAUGUAAUGUAUAAAGGAAGAAACAAACAAACAGAGAAAGAGAGAAAGAGAUAGAUAGAAAAACGACAUGCAUUCUAUUCAUUGUCUAUAUGUUUUAAACUGGUCGAUAGAACCCAUGUAAUCUAUGCAAUCACCAUAUACCAAUAAAGACUAACUUACCCACUCGCUCAUACUCACUC